UGCCGUUCGCCACGGCUGUCGAGGAAACUCCCGUCACAACGAAGCGUCUGCUUCCGCAAUAUUUCUCGAUUUUCUUCCACUUUUAGACGAAAUAAGGGAUCUACGACAUUAUUUACAAAUUCCUCGAUGUUGGAGUGUGUCAUUACUGCUGUUUUCUAACCGAUCGGCCUUUUGUUUUCGUUGUUUAGCCUGAUGUGAGAACUUUGUUGAUAGAGCUACCUGCAAAAACCCCUGCCCAGUGUGGAUACACAUGCAUGACAUGCAAAAUGUACACAACUUGAACUUAUCUGUACCUGUGGUUGUUCUCAUCUGGGCCUGGCCUAACCCAUUGGGCCUAACCUGUUUAUUUUGAGGCAUUCAAAGCAUGUGGAUAAUACUGUUAUAAUGUAGGCUGCAUAUUGAGUGUAGUGUAGAAGAGGAAUCCCAUCAUCAAUCAACUCGACUGUGUGGCAAUAUGGCACCGAAAAAAAAGAAACAAGAAGUCAACGCUGAAACAGUGGGCAAAUUUUUGACGGAUAACCCGGACUAUGCCAGAGAAUGGUUUGCAAAAAAUGGUGGCAGCAUCGGAGUGGCUACGCCAGGUCCCAGUUUACCAAUUACUGUCAGUCAAAGUGCCCCUGCCCCUGCAAAUUCUUCCACGUUGAGUGAUGAUGAUAAUGAAAAGGAGGAGAAGGAAGCAUUAACAGUGAAUUUGUUCAAAGAUUAUAUCGAUGGCACGAGAUCCCGUAAAGUUUCUUGUCGGCAACUUGAUGUUGCACGUUUAAAAGACCUUAAUGAACAGGAGUUGUUUAUGGAACUUAUCAAAGAUAUUGCGAAUGAAUUGGAUGUCAACGUGUUAUGUCAUAAGAUCCUCAUGAAUGUUAGCAUUCUGACAAACAGUGACCGUGGUAGCUUAUUCUUGGCGAGAGGCCCUGCUGACCAUCGCGUUUUAUAUUCGAAACUCUUUGAUGUAACGGCAGUUUCUACGCUUGAGGAGUCUUUGAAGGCUGCAGAAAGAGGCUUCACUGUUCCUUUUGGAAAGGGCAUCGCUGGACAUGUUGCACAAACGAAAGAGGUUGUAAAUAUAAAGCAAGCUUAUGAUGACCCAAGGUUUAGCCAAGCUGUUGAUAAAGCUACUGGCUACAGAACACACAGUAUCCUCUGUAUGCCGAUUCUCAACUAUGAAGAAGAAGUUAUCGGUGUUGCACAGAUCAUCAACAAAGCUUCUGGGGAUCAUGAGUUUACCAAGCAAGAUGAACAGGUUUUUCAAAAAUACCUGACAUUUUGUGGUAUUGGCAUCAUGAAUGCUCAGCUGUUCCAGAUGUCAGUGGACGAAUACAAACGAAAUAAGCUUCUGCUCCGCCUAGCAAGAGGAAUAUUCAAGGAACAGUCAUCAAUGGAUCAACUGAUACGGAAGAUCCUGCAAGAGGCCCAUGGUCUGCUGAAGUGUGAGCGAGUGAUCGUUCAUCUCAUUGACAUGAAAAUCUCAUUCAGUAUGUCGGAAACAAACAUUGAUAUAAAUCCAGUGGAAGAGUCUGGUUGUGAUAAAACAAAAGACUGCAAGGAACUUCAAAACAUGAACAAUCUGAUGAAGACGAAAAAGCCCUUCCAGAAAAUCACUUUCUCCCAGAUAUAUGACAUGAUGGCAAAGGAUGGAAGUGUUGAGACACCUGAUGCCAACCUUGCAGAGAAGUGGCGAGUGACGCAUAUAGCUCGAGAGAUAGCUGUGGGUCAGAAGGUGGUGAACAUUGCCGACUUUGAAGCAGAUGGUAGAUUUGGAGAAGAUGCAGUUAUGGAUGACAAAGGCUUCGUGGUCAAGUCCUUACUGUGCAUGCCAAUCUUUGAUAGUGAGCAACAGGUGAUUGGAGUUGCUCAGAUGAUGAACAGGCUAGAUGGACAGAUGUUUGCUGCUAGUGAUGUCAACAUAUUCGAGGCGUUUGCUAUCUUCUGUGGUCUUGGCAUUCACAAUACGACCACAUAUGAAAGCGUGUGCAAACUUAUGGCGAAGCAACGAGUGGCCCUUGAGGUGCUCUCAUAUCAUGCCACAGCUCCAAAAGAGGAAGUGGACAAGCUGAUAGCUGCAGAGAUUCCAGCAGCGGAGGCCUUCAAUCUUUACUCAUUCACCUUCAACGAUAUACCUCAGUCUGACAUUGAAACGGUCUACUCCGUCAUCAGGAUGUUCCUAGACUGCAACAUACCAACUAUCUUCCACGUGCCUUAUGAUGUGCUCUGCCGCUGGACUCUGAGUGUGAAGAAGAACUACCGACCUGUCACCUACCACAACUGGAGGCAUGCCUUCAAUGUUGCUCAGACCAUGUUCACCAUGAUCUUUACUGGCGGUAUGUCUAAAUACCUGGAUGAUCAAGAAAUCUUCGGCCUCCUUGUUGCUUGUCUGUGUCAUGACCUGGACCACAGAGGGACAAACAAUGCCUUUCAAGAAAAGAGUGACUCCCCACUCGCUCUGUUGUACUCCACAUCCACAAUGGAACACCAUCACUUUGACCAGUGCAUCAUGAUACUCAACAGCGAGGGCAACAACAUCUUUGAGUACAUGUCUCCUGCUAUCUACAAAAAUGUGAUCAAAGUAUUGGAGAAUGCCAUCAUAUCCACAGAUCUUGCUCUCUACUUCAAAAAAAGAGGUGACUUCCAAGCAUUGGUGGAUGCAGGUGAAACUCAGUGGAAAGAGUCGCGCAAGAAAGACCUUCUCAGGGGCAUGAUGAUGACGGCAUGUGAUGUUGCGGCUAUAACCAAGCCCUGGGAAAUCCAGAAAGAGGUGGCACACCUCGUUGCGGGGGAAUUCUUUGAACAGGGUGAUAUCGAGAAAUCUCAACUCAAGCUGAAACCUAUCGCCAUGAUGGACAGAGAGAAAAAGGAUGAGUUACCAAAGAUGCAGGUUGGAUUCAUCGAUGCAAUCUGUACACCUAUCUACAAGAUUUUGACAGAUAGUUUUGGAGGCUUGAAACCUUUGUAUGAAGGCUGUACCCGUAAUCGCACUAACUGGCAGACUCUGGCGGAAAACCCUGAUGAUCCUAUUGGUAAAUUGAGCACAGAUGGUCCAGGAACCAGUAGUGGUGACCCUCCUUCGAAAAAAGCCAAGAUGGCGUCAACAGAAAAGGUUGGAUCAAGUCAAGAGGAGAGAAAAAACAAGAUUAAUAAGGAACAUGGCAAGAAGAAUGGAAAAAUGGAUCCAAUAGCCAAAAUCAAAAGUGAAGAAGCACCAAAGAAAACCAAGAGUACGACUUGCUGCCUCCUUUAACCAAUUGUCUUCAUCAUUUACUGAUAAACUCUAAGUCACUUUUUGCAUAAUGAUAUCGGUAAUUGUAGUGUCCAAUACAUUUCAUAAUGUUAUAGAAUUAGUUUUUAACAUUCCAUUGUCUUUAUUGUUGUAUAUUCUUCAAAAAUGUAUUGAGAGAAUCUUGGUAUUGAAAAUACCAUCGGUCUCAAGACUAAAGGGGCAGUCUUCAAACUUAAGCUCACCUUCAACAAAUUUGGAGCAAUUUGAAAGCACCUGUGUUGACCAGACUGCUGAGGUAAUCUUGUGUGUUGGCACCCAAAGCCAUUAUGUCGAAGGGUGCAAGUCUAGGGGGACAGUGGAAAAGUUAACUGGUUUUGGGUGCUCACCCUCAAAUCUAACAUUAUACCAAAUGAUAAGUUCCAGGUGGCGUACUUGAUCUGUCUCACAUCCAGAACAAUCGUUUAUUUUAUGUUUAUUAGCUUUCUCAAGCAUGAUUUCAUUUUGUGAGAACUGGCAGAGGUUGAACCUCAUUCACAUACUUUGGUAUGUUUGUUUAAUACUCUGGUAUAUAUUGUGGUAAGAAUCUGCCUUCGACAUAUGUUUCUCUAGCGCCCGAGGCUUAAUUUUUCGACAUCUUGAACCAGAGAAUACUCUUCUUUGCAUUAAUUUAUGUUGAUGCUAAAAUGUUUCGUUAAAAUCUUACCCCCAAACUCAUUUGGUGCUAUUGUUUUGAAAUUUGGUUUUUAAUGUGAUAAUAUUUGUUUAUGAUGCUUAUGUUACAUGUUCUCCUCAGAUUUUGUCUUUAGUUGCCUUUAUCAAGUAAUGAGUCACAAGCAUAAAGGAGUUUAGAGCCCUUACGUGGCAAAUACCUCCUGCAGCACACAACUUACAUGUAUACUCUGCUGGGACUGGUUUGUACUGCAUAAUAGAUAUUGAUAAUAGGGUGUUGGUUAGUAAUGUUGGAUCUAAAAUUACUCUUCUGUAAAUAAAUAUUAGGCCUGGGCCCAGUUGGUCAAAAGAAAUUGAGUAGCCAACUUAGCAAUAGAUCACCUUGGCUCAGCAUAGGGAGAACAGAUCACCUUGGCUGAACAUAGGGAGAACAUUCUCAGUUCAGGACUGAUAUGAAUAAAUUCUAGCAAAAGUAUUAUCUAUAACUUCAUGUACAUUUUCACUAGGCCUUUUUGUACAAAAUUGAAGCAAUAGCAUUUUCUAGUCUUUAUUCAUAUCAUCCAAUGCCAAGGAGGUGACUUGACUGAAUAACCCUGGCUGGAGGUAUAAAAUGGUACAUCAUAUUGCUGCCAGUAAGAAAGACAUGUCUGGUAAGUCUCAUAGAUCAAUAGCUAAUGUUCGUGAGCAAAUAAUGUUCUUUCAAGGAAUUUAUAUUUGUGUCUGGUGGAUCCUUUCCACGAAUGUUUUGUUUCAGUUGUGGUAUGACUAUCGUACUUGGCUUUACGAUAUGAUACGAAGUGAGGAAGGAAUCCUCAGUAUCUCAGUAUAACCAAUUGUAUAAUAUAAUGUAUUAUGUGGGUCAUCGAUUUACAGAUGCUAUUUUAAUGUGCCUACUCUCAUAGCUAUGUGAAGAAAAAAUGUAACCAUUUUAACUUUUACAUUUGUAUAUAUGUAUAGAUAGUUAUUUUUUCUAUGAUGUUGGUUGCAGUUGCUGAAUUGAUGUUAUUGUUGAUGUGCAGCUGUUGUGCAUUUUAAUAGAUUAAAAAAUAUAGUGCUCUUCUUUAUGUGGGCCAGGAACACAUAAGUCAGUGGAUGCGACCAAAAACAAAGAAGUAUGAUUUGUCAUGUCGUAAUGAUUAUUUCCUCUACUUCUAAAGCGUUCACUCUGGCAUCUCUUUGUUGAGUGUACAAUGUUCAUUACAGCAAUCCUUUAUCUUUUAAUAUCCUCUCAGAAACAGUUCAAAUCUUCUGGGAGUUCGAUUCUCCUCGACUUGAAGAAAACUACCUGAAGAUCUAAACUAUUUCUAUUUAAAAUCGUAUUUUGAUUACUCUGGCAUAUUGUGAUUACUUAUAUAUUUGCUGGGUGCCUCAUCAAUACAAAAUUUUAAAAAUUACUUUCUUAGAAUUAAUACUAUUGUAGAAUCUCAUCUGAGAAACUGGGAGUGGGAUGCUAACGUUCUACCAUUGUGUGUGUACUACAGUCAUGUCACAGCAAGGGCCUCUGUGGUGAGGUCAGAAAAAUGAUUGUCCAGGGUGAGGUUGAUUGUCCAGAGAGCUAUUGUGCUUACGCGUAGGCCUACUCGUAUUGGGUUGCAAAGUAGAAAGUAUUAUGGUCAAUGCUGUUCAGGAAUUCAAUUAAGGGGCUAUGUGAGAAAUCAGACAACGAACAUUUUGAUCGGCACUAACAUUGUGUUAUAAAGGGUGAACCUGUCAAAAUAUGCGAGAGGAGGAAGUUUCAUUGGAUUUGUGUACUGACCUAUCUUUAAAACACAUGGGAUUGGUCUUGUUAUGAACUUCCAUUCUACUUCUGGAGAAUUGACCUUGUAGAUCUCGUAACGUUGUUUUCCUUCAGAUCUGGUAGUUAUGAAUGUGUUUUAAUUACUGCUGAUUCUAGUGAUCAUUUCAUUCUGCAUGUUAUUGCCUGCAUGUUCUGUCCUUUGGAGACAAAGCAUUCACUUCCUUCCAGUUGAUGAGUCAAUAUGGAAAUUGUGCAAGGGUUAAUUAGUGAUCCUAUAUCAAUUCCAGCUGGGUUCAGACGUGGGCUGUUUCAGGUUGUACUAAUUAAUCGACUAGUCUUAGAUUGGUGAAACUAGAAAAUGGGUGGGAGAAUGACUGGAAGUCUCUUUUUGUGUACAUGUCUUUGUACGUGUCUUUGUGUACUAAGGGAAGAGGGUGGGGUCAAUCCUAACUGUAUCGCUGUAGUUAACACCUUCAGCGCCGAACCACGCAGAUCUCCGUGGCGCAAAUCCCCCUCUUUGAGCUGGUUAUCGGAGUCUCAUGGACUUCAUGAAAGAACUACGCCAUCGCCAUCUUCAGGGCAAAAAGGAACUGAAAAUACCAAACGAUCUUUUCAGUUCUUGCCUUGCCCUGAAGAUGGCGUAGUUCUUUCAUGAAGUCAUUUAAAGUUUUGACCUACGCCAUCGCCAUCUUCAGGGUAAGGGAGGAACUUGAAAGACCAAACGGUAUUUUGACGGUAUUUUCAGUUCCUACCUUGCCCUGAAGAUGGCGAUGGCGUAGUUCUUUCAUGAAGUCCGCGAGGCUCCCUUGUGAGACUCCGAUAAACAGCUCAAAGGGAGGGGGAUUUUGGCCACGUAGAUCUACGUGGUUCGGCGCUGAAGGUGUUAAAGUCAUUGCAGAAAAAACAAUCCACUGUCCUUGCUAUUUUUUAUUUUUGAAUUGGAGAUAUUUUACAAAGAUAGUGAAUAUUCUUUU